CGGAGAGGCGGAGAGACAGGAUGUUCUGUUUUUGGGGAACCUUAUCUUUCCACUCCUUUUAGGAAUGAUCAGCUGAUACCUGGGCUGAUCCUCUGCCUGAGCAAGUGUCCGAAGCCUGUGACUGGGUGUCCUUGCCAGGCCUAUGGAACCCCAGGCAGACACACCCAGCAGCCAGUCAGUGGAGAGCUGCACCUUGGAUCUACCGACAGCAUCUGUCCUCAGAGGUCAUGAAGCAUCCCAGGGAGCCAGCAGCAAGUCUCUGAGUUCCCUGGAAUCCCAGUCUUUCCCUUCUUCGUUGACUGCUGAUCCAGAUAGCAGUUCUCUAAAUACUGAGCAAAAGGGCUCCUGGGACUCUGAGAACUUCCGGCUUGAUCCUUCUGUGAAAGGCCAGUUGGAGACCGGUGAAGAGGAGGGUGGACUUCGGAAAUCGCUGGACAGCUUCUAUGAAGCAUUUGCCCAUCCACUGCCGGGCUCUGGGGAUCAGCUCUCUGCACCUGCGUGUCAGUGCCUAUCUCAGACAAUCUCUGAACUCGAGGGCCAGGAGAGCCAAAAGUAUGCUGUCCGCAGUUUCCAGAUGGCCCGAGUUAUCUUUACCCGGGAUGGCUGCUCUAUCUUACGGCGGCAUUCCAGGGAAACCCGCUUCUACCCUCUGGAGCAAGAAGGCAGCUCGGUAGAGGAAGAAGAGCCCACCCCAGGACUGUCAAGAGAGGUCAUUCAUUUCCUCUUGAAGCAGACCAUCAUGAAAGACUCAUAGCUGGUACUCGUGUGAAAGUCGGCAAGGCUGGAGGGGAAAUGCUGUAACUUGGCACUCGGAGUCCCUGAGGGGGUCUCCUGGCAGCUUCCUGUUUCCAGCCAUUAGCUACAAGCUUUGCAGGUAGAGGCUGGCACCAGCAACCUGGUGACGGAGCCAGUAAGCCUAUAGAUGUACCAUCCUACCACUCGCCUUGGCCAAGGCUGCUACUGACUCAACUGGGGUUCAGUCCCAGCCCAGCUUCCUUGCCUCAGCCUGUGUUCCAGAGUGCUCUCCUGGGGUCCAGGCCAGGGCUGGGACUUCGGCAGGAAAUCAUUUCCUUGCUUGGCUCAUCCCUCCUCCCACUCACCUCCUGUGCCUCUGGGGUCUUUUCUUAAUAAACUUUAUAUCUGCACCAGUCUACUCCUGGGAGAACAAGCCUCAGAGCACAGGCUUCUGAGAGAUGAGUGUUUUGAGGAUACACAUUUCUGUGCUGAAUCAAGGGUAACAAUUAUACAGAGUUGUAAAUGGGGACCAAUUGAUUGGCCUGAAGCAAUGUACAGACAUAAAAAUCACUUCCAUAUACUACGUUCCUUCUUAAUCAUACCUUUGGCUCCUCUCCAAAACCAGAAUUCCCUGUCUGUUUUGACAGUGGGGAAGGAACAUUCGGACCAUCCACAAAGCUAGAAUUCACACACAAAGGGGCUUCUUCAUCUCUACUAGAUUGCAGGGUGGAAGGUGAGGAGACAGCGCUGGACCAUCCACUCAGGAUGUGGGAGCACAGGUCUGACAUGUAAGGGUGGUACUGUGUGACCUUGCCGAUUUGUGUGUGAACGGAAUAAGGAAUGCUUUGCCAGGCAGCUUUUCCCUCACCGUGUUCCUCUUGCCCUUCGCCCACCGCCAGCACCCCUCUGUCAUCCUCUGAGGUUUGCCCCUCCUUCCUGCCCUGUUUUUGCCUCCAGCACCCUCUGUCAUCCUCUAAGGCUUGCCCCUCAUUCCUUCAGCACCCUCUGUCAUCCUCUAAGGCUUGCCCCUCCUUCCUGCCCUGUUCUUGCCUCCAGCACCCUCUGUCAUCCUCUGAGGCUUGCCCCUCCUUCCUGCCCUGUUCUUGCCUCCAGCAUCCCGAGCUGCAGUGCACAUGCUUGCCCAGAGCAGGGCUCUGCUGUCACCUGUGCCCGUCCUCCAGGCAGGUGCACAGCCUGACGGGGAGCUCUGUAAAUAGCUAGUUCAGGCUUGCACUGGCAGAUGCUCCACUCUGCAGGUUGCAUCCUGAGCCCCAGUUUGAGAAUGACGUCAGCUGGCACCAGGAACUCUGAAAUAGUAAUUGGAAGCCUCAUAGAGUUCCUCAAGCAAAUUACAUCAGUAGAAAGGCUUAUUUCCCUCGUUUGGAGGAAUAGCAAAAGUUGGCAACACUGUGCAGUUGGAUUCUUUGAGAAACUCGAGGUGAAGUUUAAUUGGCAUGAGACUCCAAAGCUUUUCAGAAAGUGGUUUAUGCAAAUGGGGCAGCCAACAAGUACACACUGAAAGUCAGUACAUCGGAGAGUCUCUUGGGGACUCUUGAAGGGAAAGAAACUAAAAAGAAGGAGUGGUGUGAGCAGGCUUCCGGUUCAGGGAUGGUCUGAGGUGAGAGACUUCUACAUGGAAAUGUCAAGGCACAUGUGGAGGGGGUUCCACACGGUAGGAAAUCACGUGAAUAGGACCUUGGGAGGUGCUCACAAAUGGGGCUCAGCUUUCUCUCUCACAGGCAUCAUCUAAUGCUCCCUCCUGUUCAACAGUCCUUCCAAUAAUCAUGAAACUGGUGCAAUUUCAAGCCCAAACCUUUAGGUUAGAUGUGAAGGUUGCUGGUUUUAUUGUUUUAACAUGAAGCAUACCAGUAGCCACCCUUAAAGAAUGGUGAAAAUCAUCCAGCUACAGGGAUACUCACAAUUCGUCUCCAUGGCUAUCAACAGAGGGAAUCUGGGUUACUCUAUGCUUGUGUUUAAAGGACAACAAAAAAGCUAUUUGAAUCUUCGUGUUGGGAAGUAGUAGCUUCUAUUUGGAAGGGAGAUUUUAAUAUCAGGGAAUGUCUGAGCUGAACUGGAGGUGUUUGGCGAGAGGAAGCCCCUGACGGUGGAGAAUGUGGGAGAGUAAAAGCCAGGGUUGCCCUGGGGCAGCACCGAGUGUGGUGUGUGUUCACUUAGAUCUGAGUAAGUGUUUGUGACAGGCCAGUACAAGACAUUUGAUUCCCUGUGGUCUUGCCCCUUAAUUUGAUUUCUGUGAGGAUAGAGAGGCAUUUUCCAUUUACCUCUGUGAACCUUUAAUAAAGACUAAGAUAAGAAUACUGCA